AUGCGUGACAAGAUGGAAACCCCGUCGCGUCCAAAAGGCAAGAAACUUCCUUUCAAGACAACGGUUUUGUGCAAGGUGGCUUCACAGAAUGUCGAGACAAUCCAUGAUGAGAAACUGUCGGCGGAAGACGAUGGACUCGACUUAUUUCGCAGAUCUAAGGAGAUGGAGCCUAUAAUAGCUGCGGAGCUUCAGAGAAGCCUAAAGAAGAGGCAGAGGCUGGAGGACGAACGACGUCAGUCCGCCAAGUCCAAGAGACCUCUCGAUGACAAUAUCGAAAGAGAAGUUAUAGCAAACGCCGAAUCUGGAACGUUCUCUCAGGCAGCUCGAAGCACGCCCCCCGUCGUUAGUGAGCUUGUUAAAGACAGCAGAGAAGUAGUCAGCAAGUUUGUCACGCCACUGGCAUCGAAGCGAAUGCGUCUAGACUCAACACUCCUAAGGAAUGCAAGUCUUGAUAUGGACAAUGCGGACACCACACUAAACAACUUAUCAUCCACCCGAUUCUUGCGAUCCCACCCGAAGCAACCAACAAUAAAUAACUUGCCCGGCGACACACUUACCUCGAACGGUUUGCCAAUGGUGCUUCUUGAUUCUGACGACGAGGACAGUAUCCAGGUUGCACCUACGCCAACAAAUCGACGGGACAGCGUCUGCUUCAUAGCAAGAGACGAGGACGAUGAAUUUGCUCAUUAUAUUCGCAAGGCAGAGGAACAACGUGUCCAUGACGGUUCAUAUGAAGCUGCGGCAAAAGAAAAGAUUGAUAUUCUUGUGACUUCAAUUGUCCCUGGUACUAAGCCUUGCUGUUUCAAAUUUCUCUAUGAUAAGCAGCUCCGGCUAGUUCGUAACGCCUGGCUCACUCUUCAGAAACACAGAGGAGUCCUUGUGGAUAUUGAAAAAGACGACGACAUUGUGCUUACUUGGUGCAGAAAGAAGGCAUAUGCAUUUUCUACCUUGCUGAAUAUGGGUAUCCGGCCACAUGGCGACGGGCGGGCUAUAGUGGAUGGACACAGCACUAGCGGUCUUGCCCACGGUCGAACAAAGGUCCACAUAGAGGCAUGGACAUUGGAUUUGUUUCGAGAGAUGGAACGUGAAGAGGCGCUUAAGCGGAGGAGAGAGACUGUGGAAUUACUAGACGAGGGGGGCCCAGUGCCGGCAGAAAGGGAACCUGUCACUCCCGAGGUCAAGAUACGGGUCAUCCUCAAGGCUCGCGACCUCGACGACGUCAAAAUGACAGUGCGACCGGAAACAACAGUUGGAACCCUUAUUACUAGUUUCCGCACGCAACGCUCAAUAGGACCAGACAAAUAUAUUGGGGUUUGGUUUGACGGAGACAUACUAGAGGAGCAUGCCACGAUGGAAGAGGCGGAGAUUGAUGAUAUGGACACAUUUGAGGUGCAUAUUAAAUAA